AUGCAACAUCAAUACGUUUGGUCUCCUGACAUCGUUCGUCAAUUGGAGAACAAAGCCUACAGACCACGUGCUCCUGACGAACAGUAUUCGUCAUUGCCACUGGAAAAUGCUCGCUUAAUGAAGUCGGGAGGAUUCGGAUUCCAUGACGGAGGCAGACAGGCACUGCCACGUCUUCCUACCGAAGAGGUGUGCCUUUGCACCCCGAAGGCAUGGCAGCGGUUUCCGGAAACGAAGCUCGCAGUCGCGAACGUCGACACUGUCACAGCUUCCCUGGCACUGAACAACGCAUGUGCUCUGAACUUUGCAAAUGCGGUACAUCCAGGAGGGGGCUACUUGCAUGGAGCUCGCGCACAAGAAGAGGACCUGUGCCGAUUGCUGCCACAGCUGCACCCGGCCCUGGUGGAUGCCCAGGAACAGGGUCUGUACCCCUUGAAGCCGGAUGCCGUGCUUCUCACGCGUGACCUGCUGGCAGUUCGAGAGCCCGGCAGCUACAACCUGAGGGGUUCUUUGGGAACCUGCUCUGUAAUCACUGCUGCGAUGCCCAACGGCUCCUUGCCUGAAUCCAAGGAUGCCCCAUGCCGCGAACACAAGCAUGCACCUCCUCUGUCACGACAAGAAUUCGUGCUGUUCUUCAUGCGGCGCACCGUGGUCGAUUGCCAGAGUUCCAUCACAGUUAGUAUGCCAGUGGAGGUCACGGUGGUGUUUUCUCAGUUGAUGUGCGUUCUGCCGGCCAAGUCAGCGGUCCGGGCAUGCCAAUCUUGUCCUCGGCUGUUCGCCCAGCAGCUGGCUUCUCCUGACUUUCGCGGUGCUUUCGAUACUGUCGUCUUUGCAAUCAUUGACCCGCGGGGUGAUGGAAAUUUGCGUCCCUUUCGAGAGGUGCUGCAGACACUGGGCGAACGUUCCGAGAUCAAUAUGUGCACGGCGAGCAUUCGCGACGGCGCUGGCUGA